AGUUUCAUUCUUUAAAGACUUGCGAAACACUAGACUACGCGAUUCUAAACGGAAGUUCGCAUAUGAGUCACUUAUCUUAGUCUCUGUGAUAUAAUGUAACCAUACUAUUACCCAAGUCAGUGUUCAUCUUCUCUAUAAACUUCCUCGGUUCUUGCAGUGUCAAAAUUCUCACUAUUUAAACACAUGCGAAACACUACACAGCAAGGUUGAAUGAAAGAGGGAAUAAUGAAUGGACUAUACUUCGAGUCGUUGUGAGGCUUCGAAGCUUCACGGCAACUCUGUCCGACGCUCUCCUCAAUGCCCCACGCCGAAGGUAUCUCUAGACUCCUCGGUCACGCCCCUGCCAUCAAUGAUUCUAGGGAGAUUGAAGAUUCCUCUGUAUUCCUUCCUCGCCAUGGCCGCCCGCUCUGCCUCAGCUAUUCAACAUCACCUGCUCUCAGUCUCCCGGCCAUUCACCUGCUGCCGAGGCCUCCUGAAGAUGGCAACCCUCACUCUUGUAUUGGCGGGGGGAGUGACCUUGUGCACGGCUGAACCUUCCUCGUCAUCGGAGAACAAUCCAGUCUGCUUUCAUGGAGGUGGCUGCCUUGGCCCUGGUGAUGGUGCUGGCCGCGACGGUGCCUCUCGUGUCCUGGUUAAUGCUGGUGGGAGUUGUGGUUGGCUUCAAGAGGAGUUUGGACGCCAUGCUGGGAGAAGAGACGGCGGAAACCCUGUUCGGACGGCGGCACUUCGGUGGAACGCUGCGACUGGUGGAGAAGAUGUUCCGCUCGGUGACACACUGACACACACACACACACACACACACACACACACCCCUUGCUACCCUUUCCAUUUCCCUCACUUCUUUGUCUUUCAUCCCUUACCUUGCCUCUGUUCACCUCAUUACUCACACACACACACACACCUCCCUUUCCAUUGCCUCUCUCCUCCCUUUCUUCCAUCCCCUUCCUUUCCCUCCCUUCCCCUUCCCUUUCCUUCACCUCUCUCCUCCCUUCGCUUCCCUUCACCUCGCUACCCCUUUCCUUCUGAACCUUUCAUUCCCUUCCCUUCCCUCCUUUUCCUUUGCUUCUCUCCUCCCUUAACUUUUCAUCCCCUUCCCUUCCCUCCCUUCCCCUCGCUAUCCCUUCCCUUCCAUUACCUCUCUCCUCUCUUUUAUCUUUUUUUGAAGAGUAGCUCCCCCCAAAAAUGAAUCUAUAUAUAGUCACUGCUGAUAUUAGAAGCAUAACAUAUAUAUAGUUACACAGCAUAA